UCCAGCACCACCAUCAUCGUUUCCUUCUCAUUGCAGACUUGCUUUCCGUAAACACUGACAGUGGAGGUUUUAUGUCAGACAAACUCAUGACUUGUGUUAUAAUAACUGGAUUUGGAGUCGUCUUAUAGUUAAGUGACAUUCAUUCUGCUCUUUUGACUGAAUCAGGUGGGUUUACAUUAAUGCUUCGAUGGUGAAGUUUGACUGGUCAUGAUGUUUUCACUCAUUACUGGGGCAGAGAGACCAUGUGGGAGUCACAUGCACGCAGAAGAUGAGCAGUAAACAGAUGACAGGAGCACAGGCCUCACUAUGAACAGCACCACACAGCCUCCUCACACUAUCAACGGAGAUGUGGCCGUCAGCUACGUGCUGGUCCCCUUCUUCCUCAUCACUGUGAUUGGGAUUGUCACAGCAGUGGUGAUGUACAUAAGGAGGAAACAGAGGAUUGAUAGACUGCGGCAUCAGCUGCUUCCAGUCUACACUUAUGACCCAACUGAAGAGCUGAACGAGGCAGAACAGGAAAUUCUUUGGAAAGAGGAAGACACAAAGGUGGUCCAGGGUUGGAUGAGGACCUAUCAACAGCGCAGACCCUUGCUUUCAAGGGAUCCUGAUGCAUGAAAAUAAAGAUUCACAAGAUGGACAAUUUUGAGCAAUAAGCUACUGAUUUUUCCCUGGCAGUUUGAAGCGAUGAGCCUAGAAGAGCUUUAGUGAAAUGAGAAAUGACUCAAGCAUUGGGAUCAUACUUGUUCAUCUCAGGUCUCCUCUUGCAAAUAUACUCCAUUUAAAGUGCAGCGUUGCUGUCUGAAUAGUAAGACUCAAGAAGGAUGUUAAUUUGCCACUGUUACAAUUUAUUUAUUUAUUUUAGUUUUAUGUAUUUUACUGAGGUUCUGUGUUAUUAAAUCCUUGUGAGAGCUGUUCAUUUUACUGAAGUAUGCAUGAAUGUGAUUGCUCACUGUGAGUAAACCAAGACCAAACAAGGUCAUCGUGCUAAACCAUCACAACACACAAGAAACUGUUUUUUAUUCUCCAAGAAAACUAGUUUGUCAAGAGAAUCGCCCUGUUCAAAGCAUGUUGCCGCCAUUUGUUUCAUUAUGCUGGACACACUCAUGCUCUGGCCAAUUCAUGAGAACACCUGCGUUAGAUUUGAACUAACCAGAAUGUGAGAGUGCUAAAUUAAAUAUUUAAAGACAGACCCCGAAAUAAACAUUGUCAUCAUUUACUCACUUUCAUGUUGUUCUAAACCUGUAUCUAUUUCUUUCUACUGUGGACUACAAGAGAAGAUGUUGCAGUCCAAACAACAUUGGACCCCAAUAAAUUUCAUUGUAUGGACAAAAAAUAAAUAAAUAAUGGAACUUUUUUUUUUUUUUUUUUUUUCAAAAUUUGUUUAGUGUGUCAUAAUUCUGUAAAACCACUCUUGUAACAUGGACAAAAGCAGUGAAGACAUUUUCAAAAUGGGUUAAUUCCAUCCACUUCCCUCUAGCAGUUGGUGGUUGAGAAAGGAAAUUUUUGAGUUUUUGCAAAUACACAAGAGUAAUUGCUAUUGCUAAUCAGAAGCAGAACCAAAAGACAUUCUCAUUCUAGAGAGCAUAUUUAUUGGACAACAAAUGUGAAUAUACCCGUGAGUGCAAGAUGAGUCAUCAAUAUUUUUUGCCCGUUUUGCUGGAAAAAUGUACACAUAUUGCAUAACUUAGCAAAAAUAUAUUUGCUGAAAUAUAUUUGCUGCUUGUUUAUUUAGUCAACUUUUGGAAAUACACUUGUAUAGAGAUGACCUCAAAGCUAAAAGACAUGUAAUCACAAA